AUGGAUCCACGGUACAACCACCAGUACGGCUACCCCAAUGGGUCGAACGCCCAGUAUCCUCCACAGCAGCCGCAGAAUGGCUACCAGCAAUAUGGCCAAGCUCCCCAGUACCCGCAGCAAUAUCAGCAACAGUACCCUCCGGCGCAGAUGCAGAUGCAUCAUGGGUAUCCACAGCAACCACAGCAAAGGCAGUCCCAAGUAGUUAUACCACGACCGCAGAGCCAGCAGUAUAUGCCAAUGCCUCAGCAUCAGCAACCAUACUCGCCACAGCAACAGCAAGCUUCACAAUCGCAGCCUCGACCACAACCUCAACCGCAGUCCCGAGCGCAACCACAGGUUAUGAUACCUCAGCAAGCCCCUAGCUCGAUUCCAUACCCUCAGAUGUCAAGUCCCCAGACGCCAAGCCCGAACAUAAGACAAGCGCAGGUGCCAGUACAGCGCGCAAGCAAUGCCGGGGUUUCACAGGUCGAUGGUGCCAAGGACAUGUAUCGAAGGCAAAGUGCGCAGCAAAUCCCUACGCCACCUAUGUCGAAGCCAGUACAGCGGACAGUGCCACGCCCAGAGAGCAUGCAGCGACCACAGCAGAUGCCUCCAAGCACGCCAGUUCAAGUCCAAGUUCAGCAGCAGUGGCCGGUUCAGACCACUCCAACACAACAGACACCUUCACAGCAGACCUCUUCACAGCAGACCUCUUCACAGCAGACAUCUUCGCAACCGAGAUCUCAUCCCAAAGUCGUAAUUCCUCGGCCUCCGUCCCAUCAGCUUACAUCCCCUACGAAAGCCGCCCACACACAAUUACCACAGAAGGCAUUGCCAGCCGAUCUGUCAGUGAUGCUGCUAUCGGCAGCGGACGAAUACAUCACUGCGGCACGUGGUAUGGGAUCGAUAAUUGCACGACAAAAGAAAAAUGGUGAUGUACAGCAAUACUACAAGCUUAUGUCGACUGCGAUGGGGUGUAUGGACGCUGUUCUGAGGAAAUACAACAUGCAGCCACGAGACGAGGCGAAGCUGAGACUCAGGUAUGCGAGUCUGCUCAUUGAGGAAACAGACAACACGGCGGAAAUCGAUGAGAUAUUGUCGAAAGGAAUCUCGUUGUGCGCUCGCUGUCGCCUCCAAGAUCUGAGAUACAGCAUGUUGCACCUUCAGGCUCGUUAUCAGUUCCAGACCAACCACCGAGCUGCAUUUAAGGCCCUGGACAAGGACAUCUCAGAGGCCGAGACGUUUCAGCAAAUCGCUUGGGUAUACGCAUUUCGAUUCUUGAAGGUCUCUCUUCUGUUACAAAGCACCGACCGUAUUGAGGCAAUACCUGCGCUCCAGCAAUUGCAUGCUAUCAAUGCUUAUGCAGAGAGACGCGGCGACACCGCAAUAGCCUUUGCCUGCAACACACUCGAGGCGAUGGUUCAUCUACGAUCUAGUGCUCAAGACCGCCUAACCGAAGCCCAGCGAGCCAUUGCGCAAGCUCGAAGCCUGCAACUCACGAUGUCGGCGAAGCAGCAGGGUUCGUUUGGUACCCUUUUCAGCGUCAUCGACCUCGCUUGUAGCGUGCACCAGAACGCACCUGACACCGCGAAGUCAACAGCUCUGAUACAAGCCACUGCAGAUGAGAAUGACAACAGUCUUGGGACCGAGGAUGGCUUCUUCACUGUAUUACUGGAUCGAACUUCCGGAGGCAGCUUGACCACAGACACAGGUGGCAUCUUCAGGAAGAACGAUGAGGGUCGCGAUGAGCUAAUGUUCACCUGGCUGCCAAGGGAAGAUGUCAAGGCACUGUGUUUCCACAUCUGUGCUUUAGACCAGAGCGUCCAUGAAAAGGCACUUCAGCUAGUCCAAGAAGCCCGUUCUCGAACCAACGAUUCAUUGCGCAAGCAAUCUCCAUAUGGCUUGCCCAUCUCGACCGCGUGUGCGCAAACCCAGUGGCGCAAGAUACUAGACUGGCACGCCACGUUCACACUUGGACUCAUAGCAACCCAUCGAGAACAACAAUCGACAGCCAAUGAUGCUUUGAAUUCGCUCACAAGGCGAGUCGCAUCUCCCCCGUACGCCAACCAGCAAAACUACACUCAGUCCCUGUCAUACCUGGAAGCUAUUACCGAUCAGACCAAUGGUCGUUUCAACGCCGCGCUUGCCACAUACUCAUCGAGUGCAUAUGCAUUUACCGACAAGGGCCAUGCACCAACAUUGACAAGCGACCUUGGUAUACUCGCAGCAUUCAACCGCUUGCUCAUCGCAAGGGAUCCGGCUCACCCAGAUCACAAGAACGUUGGCACAUUACUCGUACAACUACGACUAGCCUGCGAAGAGCAUCCCAGUCAGUACGUUCGCAUGGCUUUCACUCUCGUCAAUGCCCUCUCGACCCUCGACCCAUCCAUCAACCGCCUGAAAACCCUAAUGAACAACGCAACACAAAAGUCCCACGACCUCUUCAAACGCACACACAACCGCGAGUUCGUUGUCAUGUCCCUCUGUUACUUCACAGCACGCUUCUUCAUCGAGCCCAUCACCGAUAAAUCUUCGUCAGCUGCCAACGCUGUGCGGCAACAUGCGAAGCAGAGUAACAGGCCGUUGUGGAUGGCGGUGGCUUGUGGUCUUAUGAUCAAGGUUUUUGAGCAUCACAAUAGUGUUGCAGAGAAGCAAAAAUAUGAGGAGAUCUAUGAGAAGGUCAGGGUGAAGUUGCCAGCGCCAUUAAGGGGUGACGAUGUUGAUGCUGAGGGCGAGGAUGAUGAUGAGGACAUCAAUCUGGUGGGAUAG